UUGACUCAGAUCCAAUUAGCGAGAAGGAAGAAAAAAGGAAUCCCUCUCGUGACUGCUCCGAGGAAGAUCCAGAUCCCGAUCCCGAUCCCGAUCCCGGAUCCAGGUACUUUGCUGAUCGCUUCGCCGAGAUCCGAUCGUGUUUUUUGCGGUGGAAUUUCGCAGAUUCCGAUCAGCGAGAAGAUGAUCGACGAUCAAGACCUCGGAUUCCUGGCCAAUUUUCUCGGCAUCUUCAUAUUCGCGUUAGUCAUCGCUUAUCACUAUGUGACCGCUGAUCCGAAAUAUGAAGGUAGCUAAAAGGCUGAUGAUGCAGCCAUCUUGGUGUAUGCUCAUUUUCUAGAUGUAAGACGUUGUUAGUAUAAUCAGGAGAGAAACUCUCAGUCCAGAUGAAAGUCUCUGUUAAGAGGUUCCCCGACUUCAUGAUGAAUGGUGAUUUUGCUGCUGGAUUCGAAUAUUUUAGUACUCCUUUUAAUAUAUGCUAGAAAAUUUUAUUAAA